AUGUACCCGCACUACCACGACAGCUUGACAAGCGAGUGCCACGGGUGCUCCGAGUCCCAAGAAGGGUACACAUACGGGUACGAGGCUCAUGAACCCUACUCGGAGAGCAACACACACUUGAGCUGCAUCGAUCCCGAACUUCGACCUUUACAAGGGCACCACAUGUACACAAGUUACCAGCACCACUGCUCGAUUGAACCUCCACAUCACUACACGGCCUACGAUCGCGUGGCCCACGGCUUCGGUCACCCUUCCUUUCAACCACAGAAUGUGGAGAGUAUGCCCUAUCCCAAUGCACUCACACAUCCUUGGGUGAACGAUUUCGACCAGGCCCGAUACAUGCGCUACCUAUCGCCAACCGCUCCGGCGGGAUUUGCCCUCUCCAGCAACGAAUCCUCCACCAGCGAUUAUGCCAUUAGCCCGGACGUCGGCGGGAGCUUACACGACCUCUCUGGCUAUCACAUGAACGACGACUUUGAUGCCUCGCCGUAUGCGUUCUCUUCUCCGGGUGGUCAGGGUUGGAGUCCUGGGCCUUCACAGACCUUCGUACCGCCGCUUCCAUCUACACCCGUCCCCCUUCAUCAGGGAGCGUUGAGUAUGAGGGACCUCCAGGUCACGCCAGACCCUCAAGGUGAAGACGAGGCCAUGGACGAGAGAGACAUCCUCCCCUCCAGAAUUAGCCUUCCCGAAGAGCUGGAUUUGUCCGAAGAAGUGGCCAGUCAGGCCGACUCUGGUCUUGGUCAAUCCAUUGAUGACGAGAUCAAAGAAGAAGGAGAAGGGGAAGAUUGUGGUGCCCUUGACGACGACCAUGAUUUCGACUUUGUUCCUACAACACGACCGAGGCGCCAUUGCGUCAGUGCCAUGCGACAAUCAUUACAAUCGUCCCAAUACCCAGCUGCGAGAGGGGUGGCUGAUAAACAGCCUCGCGUACACAAGCAGCCGACUAGCCGAACGGCUACACACGCCGUCAAAUCGCGAUCCAAGUUCAAGAGACCUCCACCGUCCCACGGCGUGUCGUUGUUCAAGUCUUUCGUUUGCACCUUUCAUCACUACGGUUGCCACGCCGUCUUUGCUAGCAAGAAUGAAUGGAAACGGCAUGUGGCAUCUCAACACCUGCAGUUGGGUUAUUACCGCUGUGACCUUGGGAUCUGUUCACCUGAAGUUGCGGGCGAACAUCAUCGAGGGUACAACGACUUUAACCGCAAGGAUCUCUUCACCCAACACUGUCGAAGGAUGCAUGCACCAUGGGUGGUGGCUGGCAAGGGCGACGACAGCGUCAGCAAGAAAGAACGGGACAACUUUGAAAAAGAACUCGAGGUCAUUCGCACGCGUUGCUGGGUCGAUCGCAGAAAGCCGCCUAAGGAGAGUAGCUGCGGGUUCUGCGGCGAGGAGUUUGUUGAUAGCGACGGGGGCAAAGCCUGGGAGGAGCGAAUGGAACACGUUGGCCGACAUCUGGAAAAGAAUGGAUCCGGGGUCGAAGAGGAAGAAGUUGAUGACGGGCUUCGGCGGUGGGCCCUUGCCGAAGGGGUCAUUCGAGCCGGGAAAAGGAAGGGCGGCUUUUUGCUCGUCGCUCUCGAACGUGCCGGUGCCGCACCUAGCCGGGCAAUGUCGACGGGUCGAAGGAGGAGCGGAAGGCUUGUUGGGAGAAGACACAUCACAGAGGAGGAUGAAGAUGAAGACGAAGACGAAAAUGACGUCGAUGUUGACGAGGAUGAUAAGAAACAAUCACUGUCAACUGAACCCCCUGCUGAAGAGGAUGGCGAUGUCGCCAUGAAGGGCGCUGGUGAGACUUCAGGCGAGGAAGACGCUUCUGACAGCGAUGCUGAAUGUGAGGAAGAGUGA